AUGGCAGCAUGUGAAUCCGAUGAAAUCAGAGAGAUGUACUGUGAACCUUGCUAUAAAGAUGGAAUUAAACAUACGAAAGCCGUUGGGUUUUGUUCAACCUGCGUUGAGUUUAUGUGUGUUACUUGUGUCCGAUACCAUAGAAAAUAUAUGCCUGAACAUGCACUGAAGGACGAGGAAGAUAUGCCCAAGGAUUAUUGUUUUGAUCUCUGCUCUCAACAUUCAGUAGAAGUAGUCAAGUUUUACUGUAUGACAUGUGGUAUUACGGCGUGUGCACGAUGUAAACAAGAUCAACAUUCAAGUUGUGCUGAUGUUCAUCAUUUACCAGAUAUUGUAGUUGAUUUUGAAAGAAGCCCUGAGCUAAAGGUUUUGGAAAAGAAAAUAAUGAAAACAAAGUCGAACUUGCAACGAUUGAAAAGAACAAUAGCUAAGGGUGAAAAACAUACAGAAGUGUUAAGGUCAGGUGCAGCUAGGACAUUAGAAAGGCAAAGGGAAAAUAUGACAUUACAAUUUGAUCAUUUUGCAGAAGAAAUAAACAGUUACCAACAUCAAAAAGCCCCCCCAAAUGCUGAGACAGAGCAAGAGCUUCAGGAGAAGUUUGAAUGA